AUGCGAAUAGCAUUUACAAAGCUCCUUCUCAGUCCUGCCUCUAUCAAGACAUCACUCAUACAGGUCUCCUACAAGUCUGUACAUUCCCGCCUACCAGCUUCUAAAGUCGAUGUGUCAGUGCUUGGGCAACCAUUGAAAUUCCGCAAUGGUCGCACUGCGCAGAAUAGAUUCCUCAAAGCAGCUUUGACGGAACGGAUAUCGUCAUGGGAUCCCAAGGAUCCCACCAAACGAGGGAUACCAACUGAACAAUUAGUUAAUCUUUACGACAGAUGGGGUCAUGGGAAAUUUGGCAUGAUUCUCACUGGUAAUGUUGGCGUGGAUCUGUACAAUCUUGAGUCAGCUGGAAACGCCGUGUUUUGCAAGGAGAACGACUGUCCGGAGUUGAGAGAAAUGGCUUCGAAGCUUGCAAAAGCAGCUAAACAAGACGGAGCUCUAGCUGUUGUUCAAGUGUCGAAUAUUCAUGGUGCUCACGGCUAUCUGUUGUCAUCCUUUUUGUCACCAUCAACGAAUAAUCGCACAGAUAAAUAUGGCGGUUCCGUAGAAAAUAGGAUGCGAGUGAUCCUAGAGAUUCUCGAAGGAAUCAAAAAAGCGGUUGCGGCAGACUUUCUAGUUGGCAUUAAAAUGAAUUCAGUGGAGUUCCAAGAUCGAGGCUUGGGGAUGGAAGAUGCCAAGUUGAUUUGUGCAAUGUUAGAGGUGAGAUAUUCAACAUUUGAAAAGUGGUGA